UAUUUUGUUCUAAUCUAAUUUAAGAUGAAAUAAUACACAUAAUUCAACUUACAUAUGGAUGGCAUCAUCACUUGGUAUUGCUCCUUUGUUGAGACCUGUGGAAUCCUUAAACAAAAAAUGGCUUGAAAGAGAUCCAUUGAAUACAGUAAGCGAUGAAUGUGUUUCUGAAUGGUACAACGAAUUGCUCUCUGAAAAAGAAAUAUACAUUCGUCCAGAAAGUUUUUUAAAUCGUAAUGGAAUAGCAUCACACCAAAGUGCUAAUGGACAUUUCUAUUGUGGUCAGGCUGCAAUUAGUUGUCAAUGCUGCAAUGGUGUUUGUGGCCCAUCACAUGGAUGUAACUGUGUAUCUUGCCAAGAAAUAGAGGAAGAAUUAAAAGAAAACAAGGAUGCAAAAAGUGUCCUCUCUGUAAUAGAUCAUACUGAAGCUUGGGCUUGGGGAAGAAUAUCAACUAUUGCUGAACUAAAAAAUUUUACAAAGCUUGUUGCUCAUAAGCAGUUGAUGGUUUUUAAGUCAUCUACUGAUUCGUUAUUAUUCCUUCAAAGAUUAAAAGCGCGCAUUUAUGUGUAUGCAAGGUUCCUGUCAGCUUACUCAAAGACUUGUUUUGUCUCCAACAAAGAUGUUCCACCCACAGCAUGCUCAACAAUACAAGAUUCUAAUGUUGUCAAAAGUACACCUCAUGUAAUUGAAACAGAAACAGAUUUUUUCCAGUCUGGUUUAAAUAUGUUGUUGAAGUAUACAUUUAAAUUCAUUGAAAAGACAUGGGAAAGUGGUCAAAAUAUGGAUUUGUGCUCCGAGAUGUUACAUGAAGCAUUUGCCAUGUUUCAAAAUAUGCCUAAAGCCUUAUUAUUUGAUGAUACUGAAGACUCUAAAGAUUUAGUUGCAAUGGUGCAGAAAACAAUAAUAUUUCUGAAAAGAAUUGUUAUUUUAAACUAUAAAGAUUCACAUUUACCAAUUGCUGAGCGCAAAAUAGCGUUAUCCUUGCUGUUUGAGUUAGUGUUUCAACGCGCUACUCUAAAUGACAUUCUUAACAUCAUCUUAGUCUGUUUAGACUUGUCUGAAACUGGAAUUUUAGAAUAUGUUAAUAUGAAUUCUUUCUUGAGGAAACUUUUAACUCAAUCAACACAAAUGGAUUAUGACUCAGAAAUAUUACAAAAUUAUUAUGAGGGGUUUUCUGUUACGAAAACUCUUGGUUUCCAAGAAUUCCCUCUUCUGCCAGAAAUAACUCUUCAUGAUCAGGAAGAGCGGAUAACCGAGGUUGUUAUGAAACUGAUGAAAAUAUUUGCUCACAUGAUUCAUCCAUAUUCAUCAACCGAUGAACAGAAAAUCAAACCAUGCUGUGAUGACAUUUUAGUUUGGGGCAACUUAAAGUUGUUGAGCUCCCUGAAAGAAGAAAAGGUGGAAUUUAAAAUAGCUACAAUCUGUUGCACUGAUAUGUUUGUGAUUGUGUUGACAUUAGAAGGAAAGGUGCUUCGAUGUGAACAUAACAAUGAAAUUAUGAAACUGCAGCCGUAUGAACAAGUAGAAAGUCUUGAUCUUAUACAAAUCUCUUGUUCAUAUGAUGGUCAUUUCAUAGCUUUAUCAAAACAGAAAGAAAUUUUUACUUGGCAAGAUAAUGGUGCAUUCGAUUUUUUUUCAUCAGUGCCUCUUCAAAUACAGUCCAUUCCUGCGAAAAUAUAUGCUGGCUUUGGCUACUAUUCUGUUUUAUCAAAGACAUCAGAAUUGUUCCUUUGGGAGAGUACAUUGUUAGGGAGAGCCACUCAUGACUCUCGAAACAAGCAGUUUAAUGCAAGAGAAUUUACUGAAAUCAGUAGUGCAGAUAUCAUUGACAUUGCAUUUUCUCAAUAUCAUGCCGAAGUUAUCAUUAUCACUGUAGGAGGUAAACUGUGGUCAUGGAAGAACGAUAAAUUGACGUUGUUGUCUGAUGAGUCAUCAGAUAUAGUGAAAGUUUAUAUUGCCAAAUAUUUUUAUGUUGCUUUGACAACUAAGGGACAAGUAUACCGAUGGGGAAGAGAUCGAUUCAGCAAAGUUCAAUCUGGAAACUUUAUAUGUUUACAGUCUGUUGAAAAACUGAACAAACAAAAUGUUCUAGCAAUAAGUGUAGGUGCAUAUCAUUGUGUUGCUUUAACUGACUCUUAUAAUGUGUUUUGUUGGGGUGGUCUUGGAGGUAAAGAGGAAGAAGAAAGUUUGAUUCGGGAACCAGUACUACUUAAAGCAGUUAGUGAAAUUGGUGUAUCUCAUGUGACGGCUGGACCACAUCAGAUUUUUUGUUGGUCUGCAUCGUUUUUGAAAAAAAUUGACAAGAAGGUCCCAUUUUGCAUUGAUGUUAAGAAAGAAACAUUCGAGACUUUGGAAUUGCUAUUACAAAAAGCGCAAGCAUCUGCUGAUGAAAAGUUAAAACAUUGUCUACUCAGAUCAUGCUUCCUUCUUCUAAAACUGCAGUUUCAAGCUGCAAAGAAAAUGGAUGUUUCUCCACAGGAUAUUGGUUUUAAUGGUGAAGAAGCAUUCUCUACUCGCCUGAAAGAUUUAGUGAUACAUCUUGUUUUACAAGAACCACAGCAAUCUGAGUUACGGAAGAUUUGUGAAGAUGUGUUAGAAUGUGGCUGGUUGUAUUUGCUACCAGCUGCUUCGGAUCGAGCAAAAACGCUGACAGAAUUUCUGAAAGUUGCUACUACUGCUUGCAAUGAAAACCAUGUGUUUAUGCUGAAUCUUCUCAUCAACUGCUUGGUGCAAAAAAAUGGUCUGGAAUUACUUUUAGAGGAUACUUUGGAUGCAAUGAUAUCAGUGAAAAAGGAGGACAGUGUACCAAGCAACACUUUAUAUGUGCUGCUUAAGGAAUUAUUUUUAGCUAAUGUUAUAACUGUGUUAAGUACAUUAGAUGUUAACCCGCCAAAAUUAAAUGCUGGCAUUGGAAGAGAGAUACUGACUGUUUUGUUAAAAUUUCAACGCUUACUAUUUGCACGCAUAUUUAUUGUUAGCGAGAAGGAUGUGUGUUGGCCAGCAAGAUGUUAUGUGUAUGAACCCACAUCUAUCAUAAAAUGUUUAACAGCCAUCAUUAACUUUUAUAUGGCCUUACUCCAGAGCAGUUGUAAACAACUAUUGACAUGCGAAGCUGACGACAAAAUAAAAUGUGAAGCACUCAUGUUCAGUCCAAUUGGUGUACUUUUUCGAGAAUUCAUUCAUUUUAUGAUCAUGCUGCAGAACUAUGCACCUGUAAUUACAAGUAAUUGCGAUGGGUUGUCACAGCUUGCUGAAAUAUUAGAUUUAUAUAGUGGUUUGAACAAAGAAAUGGAAUCUUCUAGAUAUAUGGGUAAAAAUGACAUGAACUGGCCAUUGCAACCAGGUGAAUGCCCUUUGGCUGACUCGGAUAGUGACGGUGAAGAAAAUGUUGAAGGUUUUAACAAUGAAGACUUUAACAAUGCUUUAAAAAGUGAUCAACAGCUUGUAAGGGUUGAUGGCCAGCUAUUUGAUCUAAGUAUCUUGAAAGCAGACAUACCUUCUAUUGAAAACUCUCUAGAUGAUUUUGUUGGAAAAGAAGUAGCCAGUGCUUUUGCUGAUGUAUUUAUGACAGAAAAAGGAAAAGGUGCGAUGAAGCGAGCGUUAGUUGGUGAUUUAAAAAAGGAAGCCUCUUAUUCUGUACAUGAUUUUCAACAAGUGGUAUACGACAUUGAAGUAGGUAUAUCUUUUUUGCUUGGACUUCAUUGUUGCUACCUGGCUCAUGGCAUGUAUCCCUCGCAAGAUGAAACAAACAAUAAAAGAUGGUUACAAUCUAAGUUAUUCUCAGCUGGAAUCGAUAAAGACACUGUUUUGAGAGAUAUAAAACGCCAAAGUUCACCGUGUUUGUCAGCUGAAGAUUUAAUUAAAGACAUACUCGAGAAAAACACAUCCAUUUUUGUGGAUUAUGUUUACAUGCAAGCAAAGUGUAAAGGGAUUCCAAUUAUCCCAAAUACUGACAAUGAAACACCAGCAUUGGAUCAUGUAACACGGGCAAUUCUUGCUGUUAUGAUAUGGCAUGCUGGAUUAGAAAAAGAACUUAGCAUCAUCCAAAAAUGUCUUCUUGCAUCUGAAACCAAUAAACAAGCUAUGGAAUCAUCUGACAUAAUGUCUGAUGCAUUGUUUACAGCAGUCAAAAUGGCUCUUAAAGAAAGGACAUCUAUAUUUCAGAGACAUCAAGAAAGUCAGUUAGGCUAUGAUUUGUUGUGUGCACCAAUACUUCAGAAGUGCAAGUUUUUGCUUUCAUGUUUAAAUCCUUCUUGUGAUCCCUCUCUGUAUAAAAAGACAAAUAAAUGGUAUGAAGUUUUGUCAUCAAUACAGAUAAAGUAUAAAUUUGGAUGGAAUUUAUCAAAGUGGGGUAUAAAACUGUACAAGCAACAUCAUAAACAUGAACAUCUUGUUGAUGUUAUGCAACAAGCUAGAGAAUUUGUUGUUGAUACAAGUAUAAACACAGAUAUAUUACGGAAAUGUUUUCUUACUCAGAUUAAGCGAGCAAAACAACGGUUGAUAUCUGGUUAUUUAAUGCAAUCUUUAUGCCUUCGUAAACAUUUCAGACCUAGUGUGAAGGCUUCGCUCUUGUUGGGCUGGCUUGGUUUACUUGUACCAGGAGGCUCAGUCAGUUACUCAAAACCUGGUAUCUUGUAUAAUGUUGAAUUGGUGUCACAGGAUGAUAUUGUCAAAUUGAAAGAGGUUUUUAAAGGAUUUGAAAAUUUUUCUUUGAAAAUGGUUUUUGAUGAACUGGAACAGAUUUUCCAUGCAACAUGUUAUAAAACCAAUGGUGCAAAAAAGCAAAUUUACAAAUCUUCAAGAGCUUUGUUAUUGUCAAUGACAGUCCUAACAUCCUCGCUUAUGUCAGGAGAUGUUGAUUUCUUACUUCAAUGUGAUGUUCUUGAUAAAAUUCAAACAAUAUUGAAAUAUUGUGGAGAAAUAACUGAUGCCAAAGACACUUCAGUUCCAUUUAUCGAUGAACGUAAACACAAGCAAGCGCAUUUGCUGCAACUGAAGGGUGUUGAAAUGAUUAAGUUGAUGAAGAUUGGAACUCGAGUUGGGAGAGGAAUUGACUGGAAAUGGGAUGAUCAGGAUGGUCCACCUCCCAGUCAAGGUCGACUGGUCAGUGAAAUAGGUGAGGAUGGCUGGGUAAGGGUAGAAUGGGACACAGGCUCCAGAAAUUCCUAUAGGAUGGGCAAAAAUGGAAAAUAUGAUUUAAGGAUAGCAGAUAGUGCAGAAAAGAGUGAUGAUAUUGAUAAGGAUGAUAACGGAGGGGAAAAAGACUCAAAGGUUGUAUCACAAAAUGACAUAAAAAAUCCGUUUACAUUUCUUAGUCAUACCAUAAGCUCAUUAAUUUUUCAUUCAUUAUCUGUUAUGGCUUGUGGCAAGGACAAUCCAUCACAACUAGCUAAAAAUGUUGUUAUGAAGUUUUUGGUUAAAACACUAAGAGAAUUUGCUGAUGAUGCCAAAUCAUUAUGGGGUCCAAGCAUUAGUGUUUCUGCCACUUUUGGUUUCAUCAGAGCACUUUGUUCAUCAGAAGAUUUUAAAAACAUGCUAUCAUCUGAAGAUUUUAUAACACUUUUGAUAAAAUUGCUCAAUCUAGCUUUGCUAAAGCAUGAUGAACCUUCAGAUGGAAAUUCAUUAUUUGUGAAGGUCCAAUUUGUCAAGCUAAUUAAGUAUUCAAUGAUGAUGAAAGAAAAAGAAAAAGUAGUUUAUGCACCAGUUUGGAAAAGAUGGCUGAUCAGAAAUCUGUUUAAAUUGCUGACACGGAUUUUAUCUGGCAAUAAAUUGUACACAACAGAGCAACUUUGUGAUGAUGCUGUGAAGACCGCAAUGACAGCUUCUGUGUACACAACAGUCGCUGAUGAACUUAUUCUUCUUAUUCGAUAUUUGCAUACAACUGACAACUGGAAAGACAUGAUUAAUCUACAUCUUUGGAAGUCAUUAAAACUGCUGAAAGUAGAAAAUGGAUUAAGCCUGAAAUAUUCCGAUCAAAUAAAAUUGUUCUCAUCUCUGUGUGUGAUUGGUGGAGUUGAAUCAAGAGUUCGUAUUGGUGGAACUGCACGUUCUACGGAACACGGUCUGGGAACUAUUGCAAACAUUUUACCUGAUGGGAAGAUUCUGUUGUAUUUUGGAAAUUCUGUCAAAUUUAAAUCAUGUCACCUUUUAAAGUUGGAUAUUAUUCCAGAACUUUCUUUUGAUAUGUUCUCAUUGACGAGUAACAUGGUAGAAUCAUUGUUUGCACUUUUAAAAGCUGUGCUGAAUGGACCAAAUGUCCACUGGGAUUCCAAUUUAAACGAGGACGCGGGUCAAUCAAUGAAGAUUUGUUUAUAUAUUACCAGUUUGCAUUGUUUAAGAGAAAUUUGUGAGAACAAUCAUUUACUAUAUAAAUUCUUUAAAUCCCAGAACAGCGAUAACCACAUAUUAUUUUUGAAUAUUUUAAAAAAAUCAAUGAUAUCAUCACCAGUAAAACCAGUAUAUGAAGCAAAUGAAUUAGAGCUGGCUGCUGCAUCACUGUCGCAAGAAUUAAACUCUAAAAACAACUCACAAAAGGAUGCAGCACAAUUAUUUUCCACUGUAAACACAUCAAAAAAUACAAUAGAACAAAAACCAGAGGGACAAUCGAAACAUUUGCUACAGCUGUUAUGCACAAUGGGUUUUCCGUUGGAUUAUGUUAAAUGUGCUAUUCGAGAACUGGGCAAUACUGCCAGACCUGAGCAAGUUGUUUCUUGGUUGCUGGAGCAUCCUGAUGUAACGGUCACUGACAAUGAAAGAGAACAUUCUGAAAAUAAUGACAGUAAUCCCGCAUCAGUCGAUAUCACAGCGCCUCAAUCUGAGUCAAUGUUAAUUCAUUCUGAUGACUCAAUAUUUAUUGAUUCAGAUUCUGAGGAAUCAAUAUGUGAGAAUGAUAAGCAAGAGUUGCUGAAGAUUGGAAGUCUUGUUCAAUGUGUUCAAACUACAGUUAACAUAUCUGUUGGUGACAUUGGAACCAUAGAAAAAUUUCUAAGUGAUAGUGGUAACGUUUUGGUGCAUUGGGAAAAGUUGGAUAAAGCAUUAUGGAUUACAACAGAUCAGAUUGCUCCUGUUAAACCUUCAGUGGAUAAUAGUGCAAGUUUAAAAGUUGGUUCACAAGUGCAACUGAAAGAAAACACAAAUAUUCAUAACUAUAACAUGAAUCCAAGCUCAAAAAAUGAAGUUGGCACUCUUAUUAAUGUCGCUGGAAAAAAGGCUAUUGUUUUGUUCCCAAAUCAGCGUAACCCAUGGGAAGGAGAUAUCACUGAUUUGGAAUUGGUGCCAUCCACCCAAGAAAAAAUACUACACUCCUUCACUAGAGAGAAUGUGAGUUGCAAAACUUCAAAACAUCCUUGUAUAAAAGAACUUACGGUCUCUUCAAAUAUGCAUAUAGCUGCUCGGAUCAUCAACAAAGAAAUGCACAUGGCAUGGAUUAGUGAAAACACAUCACAGUCGAUUGUCCAUGUGGGAGAAGAUAAUUUCUCCUAUCCAUUAUCAAGCUGUUUGGCAUCAAAGACAUGUAAACAUUGGAUUGAGUUAAGAUUGCGACGUAAUGUUGUCUUAUCGAAUUUAUCAGUCACUCUUGAUCAAUCUGAUGUGAACACAUGUCCGACAUACUUCAUUGUGUAUGGGGUAAAAGCGUCAGAAAAAGUAGUCUUAAAUAGUAUUGCUGUCAGCAAGGGUCAGAAUGUUGUACAAUUGUUGGGACAGCAAGACAAGGUGUAUACAUACAUUAAUAUCAGUAUAAAAGUUGGAGAUGAAAAUGGACCUUGCAAGAUUUGCCAUUUAGAAGUGUUUGGCGAAAAGCAGAAUGAAGAUUAUGAUCAACAAAUAAUGAAACUGUUUUGUUGUCAGGAGAGACCUGAUGAUAUGAGACAAAAAACAAACCAAGUGAAAAUUAAAGAACAAGGGUUUUUGAAACAAAAAUCAGCAAAUAAACAAGUAAAAGUGUUUUGCUGGGGUUUAAAUGACAAAGACCAGCUUGGAGGAAUGAAAGGCUCGAAGAUCAAAUGUCCAUCUGUUUCGGAGAAACUGUCUUCGAUUCAGCCAUGCAACUUUGCUGGUGGAUCUAAAACUUUAUUUUGUGUCACAUAUGAUGGAAAAGUUUAUGCGUGUGGUGAGUCCACCUGUGGCAGGUUGGGUGUUGGUUCAGUGACUGGCAAUAUUCCAGUUCCACGAAUUAUAGAUGGCUUAAGUCAUGUGUUCGUCAAGAAAGUCUCCGUCCAUUCUGGUGGUCGGCAUGCUAUUGCAUUGACACUGACUGGUGAAGCAUAUUCUUGGGGAGAUGGUGAUGAUGGAAAACUUGGUCACGGAAAUACUCUGACAUUUGAAACUCCACAAAAAAUUGAAGCCUUAGUUGGGAGUUUUAUAACGGAUGUUGCUUGUGGAAGUUCACACAGCGCUGCGAUUGUGAAUAAUCAAGAGCUAUAUACAUGGGGACUUGGUGACUAUGGAAGGCUUGGUCAUGGAGAUGAAGUCACUCAACUGAAACCAAAACUGGUUCGAAGUCUACUUGGUUAUAAUGUAAUUGAUGUCUCAUGUGGAAGUCGAGAUGCACAAACUGUAUGCUUGACAGAUGAUAGCAAAGUGUGGUCAUGGGGUGAUGGUGACUUCGGUAAAUUAGGAAGAGGUGGUAGUGAUGGCUGCUUUUCUCCUCUUGUGAUUGAUUCAGUCAGUAAUAUUAGUGUCUGUAAAGUUCUUUGUGGGGCACAGUUCAACCUUGCUAUGACAAACUGUGGAAAUGUUUGGACUUGGGGUAAAGGUGAUUUCUUUCGUCUUGGUCACAACAGUAAUGCACAUGUACGAGAACCAAAAAUGGUGGAUUUUUUAAAAGAUAAACACAUUGUUGAUGUCGCUGUUGGUGCGCUUCACUGUCUUGCUGUCACAGAAGAUGGUGAAGUAUAUGCUUGGGGUGACAAUGAUCAUGGACAACAAGGAACUGGAACGACCACUGUCAAUAAAAUACCAACACUUGUAUUAGGAACUGAAGAUCAUCGGAUAAAACAUGUUGCUUGUGGUUCUUCACAUAGUAUUGCCUGGGCUGAAACUAAUCAUGUGUCCUGUUUUUUAAAUGAAGUUGUCUCAUUUCCAAUGAAUCGUGAUCCACUUGGUGCUAAUCUGAUUCUACCAAAAGUGUUUAACGAAACAUCCGUAGCAAACAUCGCUAAGUUUGUAAAGGAUCAAGGACCAUCUUUAAUUCGUUUAGUUUUACAAAUUAGUUCAAGAUCUGUACGACAGGAUGCGUUAACAAAGAUCAUGCAAGCUAACGAAAUAAAAUUCGCUCAACGUCUUCUCAUAUGCUUCAUGAAAUUCUACAUUGAUUUCGCAAAAAGCAAUAAGAGUUUGAUACAACUGGACUUCAUUAGAAAUUUUCAUCAGGAAUAUAUAAUCGAUGUUGUGAACUUAUUGAAGUUGGGUUUGUGUGGCCAUCUUUGUACACAAGACACAGAUGUAGUGUAUAACUUUUUGAGAGAGAUUUCAACCCAGAAUGUGCAGACAUGUGACACUCUCGUCAACAUCUGUCUAAACGAACUUGAAGAGAAGAUAGCACGUGAUUUUGUAAUGCAAGAUAUAUACAAACCAUGUAUUCAAGAAAGCCCACACCCUUAUCAUGGUGCACGUGGCGUAAAACUAAGUGGUUCUGUAAAAUAUCCUGGUGCGACAUUACUGGUGGUUGAAUUCGACGAACUGUCUCAAACAGAACCUUUACAAGACGUGUUGACAUUUUUUGAUGGGAAAGAUCGUACAUUGGCAAUAAGAACAGGCUCCCAACCGAGUGAUUGGAAUACAAAGUUGAAAAUAUCUGGGGAAGAAUUAAGUUGGUGUUUCACAACUAACAGUCAGGGUGGGUUGUGGGGGUUUCGUUUCACUGUAACGCCCAUCCCACCCACUGAUGAUUUGGAUAUGGACAUAAUGUCAAGUGAUUCUGUUCUUAAAAUACCAUGUUUGGAGUUAGUAAGAAGACUACUAGCUUGUGGAGUUGCGAAACGAUUGAGAGAUGAAGCUGUGAUAUUAAAGUUGUCUUCGCUGCUUUCAAUGUGCAUUAGAAUUCAAAGUUUAACAACAGAAGAGAAGAAAUGGAUGCUGGAUAAUUUGCAUGCCCUGUUGCUGUCCCACAAUGCACCUCCAAUUGACGUUCCUUUUAUUUUAAAUUGCAGUCGGUAUCGAGAUCCAUCUGCAUGUAAACUUCGUCUUGGAGGAAAUCAACGAGUAAGAGAAAUGGUUCUUUCGUCUACAUUGUCAAGUUUUAUCAAUGGAAUACCUCUAGCACUCUUGAAGCAAUAUGAAUUUGAAGAACAGUACAUUAGACGUGGUGAUCAAAUGACGUUCAGUCCAUUUCUAAGGAGUUUAGCUUUGCUUGGUUGCUCUCUUGGUUUGGACACAUUGCCCUGCUGCUCGAAUAAACAUCAGUGGGCAUGGUUCGGGAAAUAUUGCAAUGCUAUCAGAGUAGCCCAAAGCUUUAUACAGAGUUCUGUAUUGCCUAAAGUAUUUCAGAUGGAUGUGCGUGAAAAGUUACAAGAGAUUUUACCUGAGAAUGAAAUCCUGACUUUCGAGUAUGAGAACAACAAUUUGUUCUCUAAGGCAGAAGAUGAACAACUACUGAUGUGGUUAAACAGACGUGCCCAGGAUUGGUCUGUUAUAUGGGGUGGAAACGGUACUGUAUAUGGUUGGGGUCAUAAUCACCGUGGACAGUUGGGUGGUAUAGAGGGAGCAAAAAUCAAAACACCUGUGAGUUGUGACUCACUAGCUGCAUUGAAGCCUGUACAAAUGAUUGGUGGCGAACAGACAUUGUUUUGUGUAUCUGUGGAUGGAAAGGUGUACGCCAGUGGUUAUGGUAAUAGUUCACGUCUUGGUUUGGGAAAUGUUGAAUCGAUCAGUACACCAAGAAUGAUUGAAUCGUUGCAGCAUAUCACUAUCAAGAAAGUAGCUGUUCAUUCUGGGGGAAGACACUGUAUUGCUCUCUCUUCCGACGGAGAAGUAUUUUCAUGGGGGGAAGGCGAUGAUGGGAAGUUGGGACACGGAAAUAGAAAUUCAUGUAGUCAUCCGAAGCUAAUUGAAAGUUUUCGUGGUAAACUCAUAACAGACAUUUCAGCUGGUGGUUCACACAGUGGAGCUAUUGGUGAGCAUGGCGAAUUGUACACCUGGGGUAAAGGACGAUAUGGACGAUUGGGUCAUGGAGACGGCGAAGAUCAGUUACGACCCAAAGUUGUUGAAGCGCUUCAAGCAUUUUGUGUUGUAGACCUGGCUUGCGGUAGUGGAGAUGCACAAACGUUGUGCAUAACAAGUGACGACGCCGUUUGGUCGUGGGGUGAUGGAGAUUAUGGAAAGUUAGGGAGAGGUGGUAGUGAUGGAUGUAAAAUCCCGAUGGUCAUUGAUGAUUUGAUAGGAAAAUCUGUCGUUAAAGUAGAAUGUGGAUCUCAAUUCUCAAUGGCUUUGACAAGACAUGGAGCUCUGUAUACUUGGGGCAAAGGUGAUUAUUUUCGACUAGGUCAUGGUUUGGAAGAACACGUUCGACGACCAAAGCGUGUAAUUGCCUUAGAAUCCAAAGUCAUUACAGCUAUAUGUUGUGGUUCGUUACAUUGCGUGGUAUGUACUGAAGAGGGAGAUGUCUAUUGCUGGGGUGACAAUGAUGAGGGACAAUUAGGUGAUGGAACAACUAAUGCUGGACAAUUACCAAAGUUGUCUUCUGUUCUACAGAAUAAAAAGAUUGAUUGCAUUGCGAGUGGUUCUGCACACACAAUCGCAUGGUCAACAUGUGAAAGUAUUGGUCACACUCUCCCCGCUAAAAUACCGCUAGAAUACAACCACCUGCAAGAUAUACCUAUGACCACUUUACGAAACCGAGCGUUUUUAUUGCAUUAUUUUUCAAAGUUGUUUUGUUCUUGUAUCUCACUAAUGGAAUUAGUACCAGCCAAAGAAGCUGGUGGUCUGUCAGGAGAUUUAAUGAUCAAUACUUUGAAAGGUUUGCUGCUGUGUUCUUUUAAGGAAAAUUCGUUUCGCAAAAUUAUCGACAUAACGAUGAUAAGAGAUCGCCAACAUGGUCCAGUCAUCGAGCUGAACAGAGUUAAAAAUCAUCGUAUCGAUCAAGGAUUGGCUGGUCCUGACGGCAGCAUGUCCGUAUUUGGUCAAAUUACAUCAAAGAUUACAGAGUUCUAUGUCGAAAGCUUUUGUCUACCGCAUCGAACAUGGAAAGUGAAGUUUAUUGGAGAAUCUGUUGACGACUGCGGUGGAGGUUUUUCGGAAUCCAUCGCAGAGAUUUGUGAAGAGUUACAGAAUGGGUCACUACCUUUGCUUAUUUUAACACCAAACAGCAGAGAGGAAAGUUCUGAUUCAAAUGAUUGCAUGAUCAUAAAUCCUGACUCUAGAUCUGAGAAACAUGCGGAAAUGUUUCGUUUCCUUGGCAUUAUUUUAGGCAUUGCCAUCCGAUCAGGUUCUCCACUAAGCUUAAGUCUAGCUGAGCCCGUUUGGAAAUUAUUGGUUGGUUUGCGUUUAAACUUGGAGGAUAUAGAAGACAUUGAUAGAGGGUUUGUUGCCAAAUACUCAUAUUUAUCUUCGUUGUCUAAUGAAAAUAGUGAAAAAAAAUGUGAUGGUGUAGAAAAACAUUCAAAUGAAGUAGACGAUGUGGCCAUAUUGGAAUUGCCAUACUCUGUUCGAAGCUCGUCAUCCAGUGAAGUGUGUUUAUCUCAAACUGAAACCUUGGUGACAAAUCAAAACAAGCAGGAGUACCUAAAGUCUGCGUUACAUUACAAACUUCAUGAAUGGGAUAAACAAAUUGAAUGGAUUCGAAAUGGAAUGUCACAAGUUGUUCCUGUCCCCUUAAUAUCGUUAUUUACAGGACCAGAAUUGGAGAAUAUGGUCUGCGGAAAUCCUGAAAUACAUGUCGACGCAUUGAGAACAAUUACUACAUACAGAGGGAUUGAACCUUCUUCAUCUCUGGCUGAGUGGUUUUGGCAAGUGCUUGAAGAGUUUAGCAACCAUGAAAGGUCGCUUUUUCUGCGUUUCGUAUGGGGAAGGACAAGACUGCCACGCACAGCAAUGGAUUUCAAAGGGAAAGAUUUUAUCUUCCAGGUGUUAGAGAAAUACCACCCAGCGGACGAAUACUUACCGGAGUCGUAUACGUGUUUCUUUCUGCUGAAGAUGCCAAAAUACACUAAUAUUCAUGUGUUGAGAGAAAAACUAAAAUAUGCUAUUUAUUUUUGUAAGUCUAUCGAUUCAGAUGACUAUGCCAGAAUCGAUUUAACAAAUUCUUAAAAUUUAUCAGCGCAUUCUCUUCAAUGUAUGCAUCUUUUGUGAAUCCCUUUUUCAGCUGAAGUGUUUUAAAACCAUUGUUUCAAUGAGAACAACUAGGCUUCGAACCGCACAAAAAACACAAACACUACUCAUGCUAAGUUUGAACGGAGGUAGGACUUUUUUUCCUCUAUCACUUGUCACUUACUUAAAAAAGACAAAUGAUCUUGUGUUUAUAGAUUUUUUUUAGAAAUUUAGUUUAUAUAAAAAAAACGUGUUAAUAAUUUCUUGUUUUCAAUAGUCCCUUUAUAAUUGCUGACGGCCUCGAGUUUUUUGUAGUAGGUACUUAUCCUAUUGCAAAUCAACGCCCGUCAUUUCCAAGCCAACGCCCGUCAAUUCUAAACCAACGCCCGUCAAUUCUAAACCAACGCCCGUCAAUUCUAACGCAACGGCAGUUUUUAUCUGCCAAACGCUACUAUUUGUUGCACCUUUUUUUCCUCACAAUAAUCACUUUCGUAAUUUACUUUUUAAACUUUUUAAACUCAAACGAGUGUAGUUGUAUUAAGUGGUGUCAAUUUGCACAUGUGCGAUAAAUUUUUUACCUUUCCUUGUUUUAUCGACAUUGAUUGAGUUCAAACACUUCGAAUCAAAACAUCGCGAAAGCUUUUUUUUUUUGCUAAAUUACAGUUAAUUCUCGACUCAAGAAACUUUUUAUUCCUCCCUUUUUUUCCCUGUCACAUAAACACCUAUAAUCCUUCGCAACUUAAAAAUGGUAAAAAAGGUUGUGAAGUUUUUGUAUCGUGAGCUAGUGAGAUUUAAGUUGUAAUUGUGAUGUUUCAAAUUUGAAUCAUAGUCAUAAGAUAUGUUUAAAUGCAAUGUUUUUUUUCAAUUAGCAUUUUUUGAGCUUGAUCAUAUGUUUUUCAUAAGCAUAUUUCAAUAAACUUUUUGCCAUUAAGCAUAACCUAAGCAUAUUUUUAGCCUGAAAAAGUACUUUUCAUCAGCAUCCACAAAUCUCAUUUUGGAAAUUGCUUAUUAAAAAAAACAUGUACUGUGCGUACCAAUUUAAUGACACGACCAUGGAAUAUUUUUGGAAAACAGAAAACCGCUAAAAAUAAAAAAUUCUAUCGGGAAUCAUUUUGUAUUACUGUUCCAAGUUUAAUGAGUUCGGCAUUUUAAAAUUGUGUCAAAAUCCAAUUAUCACUACAGUUAAAGUAAAUGUGCAAAUCUAGUAAAUUAUUUUUUCUAUUAAUAAUGUUGCUUCACCACGGCCUGUUGGUCUAGUGGCAUGAUUCUCGCUUAGGGUGCGAGAGGUCCCGGGUUCAACUCCCGGACAGGCCCAUUUUUUUAUUUAACUUUAUUUUAUUAAAUUUUUUUGGUAGGCAUGUUUUGUGCGAAUAAUUAUGCCGCUGAGAAAGUUAUUUGCAGGUUUAGCCACGUUAAAAAAAGCAGUAAAAGAUUUAAAAUUUGAUGGGGGCGGGAUUCGAACCCGCGCCAUCGAAAUGACUGGUGCCUUAAACCAGCGCCUUAGACCGCUCGGCCACCCCACCUGAAGCUUCAGUAUCUACUACAUGUCUGUAUCACUUUCUCCCGCUAUACUGUUACGAGCUUUGUUUUAAAAUGUUAUACUUUUCAGCGAACUAACUAGAAAUUCCUCAAGUAUAUGUUACUAGAAGCAAACUGUAGUAAGCAAAUAAUAGCUUACACUUUUCAACUAAAAAAACAGUAAAAGUAUAUGGUUGUUUGCUAAUGUACAAACGGAUAAAUAUAUUAGCGAAUGUACCGUUUUAAUUUGGUGGAUAAUGCAACAGAAAAUUAAAUGACAGGAGCGGGAUUCGAACCCGCGCCACCGUAGUGACUGGUGCCUAAAACCAGCGCCUUAGACCACUCGGCCAUCCUGCCUUGCAAAGGUUUAACUUUAUUUUGAAUUUAAAUUUAAUUAUUUUGGCAUGAAACGAAUUGU